AUGUUAAUGACCACAACAGACCCAUAUGAAAGUACCCUCAUUUGUUUACCUGAUUUUUUUUUACUUUCUCUUUCUUUCUCUCUCUUUUCGUUGACUUUCUCUUUCCCUCAAUCUCAGAUCUCCUUUACCCAAGUUGCUUUUUUUUUAAAAAAAAAAAAUCUCUUUUUCUUUCUUGCCGCUAUUUACUCUUCAUUUACCGACCUCAUUCUUGUCCUUUUCAAAAUCCUUCUCUCUUCUAUCUCUGUCACCCGUUGCUUUAAAAAGCCAACUCUUCUCUUUUUCUUUCUUGCCGCUAAUUACUCUUCAUUUAUCGACCUCAUUCUUAUCGUUUUUGAAAUUCUUCUCUCUCCUUGUUUUUUUUUUCAGCCUCAUUUCUUUUCCUGUUUUUUUUUUUUUUUUUUUACUCUUUUCUCUUUUCGUUGGCUUUCUCUUUCCUUCAGUCUCAGAUCUCCUUUACUCAAGUUUCUUUUUUUUUUUUAA